GUCGGCUCACUCGCUCAUUCAUUCCGUAUUCGCAAACCGUGUCGCGCACUGCCUCUUUAGCCGGUGUAAACUGUAAUUCCUGUUUAGACAAAAUUGUAAUUGUAUUAGUCACUGUAUCCUCCAGUAUGUUGAAAGAAAAAAGAUACGAGAAUCGUCACUCUUCCGAAGAACAAGGUCGCCCUUUACCGGCGAGUAGAUUACCAGCCAUUGAAGAGCUCACCCUUGGCCUAAAACAAAAGCUUCACCUGCAAGCUCGAGCUAGAGCUGCUCCAUACUACAUAAGAAAACAAGAACCAGUGGACCUCGUCGAGCGACUGAUAGAACAGCGUGCCCUUGUCGCCGAGGCCGUAAGACGGCUACAAGAAAAGAAACAACCGUGUCAUGAAAUAUCAGUAGAUUCUUAAUACCGUAAUUUAUAAACAAAACAUUUUAGUUGUGAAAGUGUGGAACGUGUUGUGAAAUCGCUUGUGUGUAAGAAACGUGUCGGGUUACAAUGGUGCUAUAUGCAGAGAACGUGCGGGAGAGAGAUGGCCAGCUAUGACGUGUCACACACGACACGAGUCACGAGAACGAACCAAAAUGGCCGCGCAUACUCUACAAUCAUAAUAUUUAUUCUUCGUUUUAUAGUGACCUUAACUGAUCAAAGUACUGAAUGACGUAAUUAGCGUUUAAUAUUGUUAUGCGUCGAAAUACCUAUUUCUAUAAUAUUUACCUCAAACUUCGUGACAAUUUUAUUGUCACGCUGAGACAUUUCCAUCUUAUAUUUUAACUUAAAUGUAUUGACCAUUUUGUAAUGUGAAGUAUUCAAGAGCUUUAACUAUUGAUUAUCGUCAUUUAUAGCUGUUCUAUAUAGACGUUUACUCCCUUUUGGUUUUAACUAUUGUAGUUGUUUAUCUACCUAUAACAGAGCACUACUUACGACUUUAAUAAACAUUGUUAUCUAAUAGAAUAUUUCAUAGUUGUUUAUUGUAUUAUCUAGGGCAUUUUAUCCAUUACAGUCAUUUUCCUUGAUAUUACAAAUUAAGUAUAUACCAAAUUAACUUUCUAAAAGUGAUUGUAGAGAGAAUAGAAGUUAAUUCCUAUUUCAGGUAGUAUUAUAUAAAUUACAGUUACUUCAUCGCAUGUGUGCGUGCGUAUGUAGGUUAUGGAAAAUCCAUUCAAGUCGCAAAUGUGUGGUGUUUUUCGUUGCUACUGACAACGUGCUUAUACUUAGGCAAUUUUAGGCAAUAUUAAUUUAAAAGUUUAAGCGCACAUCAACAGUUCUAUCGUGCAAGUGCUUUGUUCCAUACCGGAGGGCGAAAACAGUUGAGUUUAGUAAAACGUCGAGGAUGGCAGCGACUUGGUCCAUGGGUCCUGGUACUUUGGAAGUACCACUUUCUUUAUUCGCCUCCAACCGCCGAAGAUUAGUAGAGCAGUUGAAAUCUGGCCAAGUGGUUGUUUUACAAGGUGGUGAUGACAUCAGUCUUUACGAUACCGACGUGCAAUAUGUAUUUCGACAAGAAUCAUAUUUUACGUGGGUGUGUGGUGUUAGAGAGCCAGGGUGCUAUUUCGCACUAGAUGUGAGCACAGGAAAGGCACACUUGUUUGUGCCACGCUUACCAGAAGAGUAUGAAGUAUGGAUGGGAAAACUUCUUGCAUGCCAUCAGAUCAAAAAUAUAUAUGGAGUAGAUGAUGUUCAUUACGUUGAUCAGCUGCGAGAUGUUCUUUUGAGCUUAAAUCCUGAAGUUCUUCUGACACUGAGUGGCCCCAAUACUGAUAGUGGUCUCACUGCCAAAGAAGCAGUUUUUGAUGGAAUUGAUGAAUUCAAAGUGAAUAAUGAAAUAUUAUUCCCGAUUAUUGCCGAAUUGCGAGUGAUCAAGACUCCAGCCGAGAUAGAAGUUAUGCGAUAUGUUUGCAAAAUAUCAUCAGACGCUCAUAAACAGGUGAUGCUUCACGCGAAGCCUGGUCUGAUGGAAUACCAAUGCGAGUCCGUGUUCCUCGACCACUGUUAUCGCGUAGGCGGGUGUAGGCACGUUUCGUACACCUGUAUCUGUGGCUCUGGCGAUAAUUCCGCCACUUUGCACUAUGGCCACGCUGGUGCACCCAAUUGCAAGCUCAUAGAGAAGGGAGACAUGUGUUUGUUCGACAUGGGCGGCAAUUACGCGGGUUAUGCGGCAGAUAUCACGUGUUCUUUCCCCGCCACUGGGAAGUUUACGCCUGAGCAAAAGCUCGUAUACGAAGCCGUGCUCAAUGCUAGGGAUGCUGUAAUUAGAGAAGCGAAGCCAGGCGUGUUGUGGACUGAUAUGCAUCUUCUCGCUAACCGCGCCAUGUUGGAACACUUGAAGCAGGGAGGUCUUCUGAAAGGCGACGUCGAGGAAAUGAUCAAGUGUGGUGUUAACGGCAUCCUUCAACCCCACGGUCUGGGCCACCUACUGGGUCUGGACGUGCACGACGUAGGUGGAUACUUGUCUCACUGUCCCGCGCGUCCCGCCGGCCCUCUGUCCCGACUGCGGACCGCGCGCCCCCUACUGGCGGGCAUGGCGCUCACCGUGGAGCCCGGCUGCUACUUCAUACCGAGGCUCUUGGACAACGCGAAGAAUAAUCCUGAGCAAGCUAAAUUCUUCAACUGGGACGUGGUAGAUAAAUAUCGUGGGUUCGGCGGGGUUCGGAUCGAAGAUGACGUGGUCAUCACUGAAACUGGCGUGGAGAACCUCACGUUUGUACCGAGGACUGUUGCAGAAAUUGAAGACUUCAUGGCGAAUGGUGCCAAUUUUAAAUGAAGCUAAUGUCAUAAAUGUUAUUAUGGUGAAUAAAUUUAUAUUAUAUAUAAUUCAUAUUAUAAUAAAAAUUCAAUCUUGUACCUAAUAUAGUGAUGUACCUAUUAUAUUUUUGUAUAUAAUUUAUAAAAUAUAUGAAAGUGAAUGUAAAUAUUAUUAAGACAAAGAAUAUAAUUGUAAUACUUUAUUGUAAAGCAGAGCAAAAUUUAUUUCUGUGCUGAAAUAAAAUAUAAAUAUAAACAUAUAUUUUUAUACAACUGCUGUAAUAUCUUUGUAUUUCAUUCACAAAUAUUGCAAGUAAUUCUUAAGUGCGAAAGGAAUUGGCAAAGUCUUAAUGACAUAGAGGAAUUCUCUGGUUGAUGUCUGUAAACCAGAUUUUCUUAACAAAGUCCUUAUUUUAAGCCUACAACAAUGCUUCAAUGAGGGCACGAAGAAAAUUAAGUUAUCAGCAGUUACUCCUUGACAGUAUUCAUCUAUCAUGGAAAUCAGCUGUUGUUGAACCUGCAAAUUAAAGCAAUGAGAAAUGUUAGUUCUUAUUUCUACAAUGGCUAUUUCUUACUGAUAGUUUUCAACCUAAAAAAUAAAGGGUUACCUGCAAUGAUAUUCUGUUUGAUAUUCCAUUGUCAUGAGAAAACUUCAACAAUGCCCCUGGCUCACAGAGAAUGCUGUGGCGAAGCAUCAGAGGCAAACUAUCAGGGUCUGAAGAUAAUGAUGCUAUAAAAGCAUCUGGAAUAUGCAUGCUUCCAUCCAAGCAUGCUGAACUGCAGUAAUCAACAUUGCAGUCAUUCUCUCUGAGUAUUUUAAACACCUGCAAUAAUUAGCUAAAAUAAUUUUAUUAAACAAUACAUGAAGUUUAUAUGACCACCGUUUAUAUCUGAUGCUACAAACACUUAUAAAGAUUAAUAGUAUUUACAGCUUCAUAAUAACUUACUUCUGAAAAACAAGCACUGUGCAUGGUAUAGUGUAUGUACACUAGUGGAGGACAUUCAUUAAUAUUAACUGCAUCAACUGAAACUCCUCUCAUCAGAAACAAGUAAAAGAAUUCUCUAAAUUUUUCUAUUGAUUGACUAUAAAUGUAUUCACAUAUAUUCAAAUAAGAAUUCAAUGGUGCAUUUGUUAAAUAAACAGGUCUUAUUCCGCCUAUAUCCUCCAAAAAGACAUGGAAUGGUUCCAGAAAAUCAAAGAACUCAGGCCCUAAAUCAUGAUACAAAAGAGCUUCAAGAAUAUCAAAUUUAAAGUAGUGUGGCAUAAUAUUAGGGUUUAUAAAGAUUUUAUCAGUGACCAUGAGAAGAAUUUUAAAUACUGAGGCAUAUCCUAAAAUCAAAGCUAAAUCUAAAGCCAUUUGCCCACUACUGUUUUUAAGGUGUGGAUCAGCUUUGUUGUCUAGUAAGAAUUGCACAAUUUCAUCACUGCCUCCUUGAACACCCAGCAUUAGUGGACUAUUAUCAUCAGAAGACAAUUGAUUUACGUCAUUUAUAAAAGGGAAUAUAUUCUGAACUGUCUUAUAACAACCUUUUAAACAAGCCAAAUGAAACGGAGUAAACAAAUUAGACUCAUUCCUUAUUUCUGGAUUUGCACCUGCAUAUAACAAGACAUUUACAGCUUCAUAUUGUGAAGUCAAAGCUGCGUCAUGAAGAGGUGUAUCUCCAUCAAAAUCUUGGACGUCUAUCAUUGCACCAUAAUCAAACAGCAACUGCACCAAUUCUACUCUACCUUGCCCCAUAGCAAUAUGCAAAGGGGUAACAUUUUCUGUGCUACCAUAAUUUGCUAUGUCCUCCACCUCAUCAAGUAAAGCUUUUAUUGUCUUUAAAGAACACUUUCUCCGGCAUGCCAAGUAUAAUGCUGUAUGUCCCUCAUGAGUUUCAGCAAGUGGUCUACAUUUGGGAUCUUUUAAAAUUAUCAUUAAACAUUCGUAACUAUCACUAUCUGCAGCUUCGUGCAGACAUGUCCAUCCACGGUUGUCUAUGCAGUUAGGAUUUAUUAUCUUGAUUAAUCUAGUCACAGCUUCUACAUCAUUCUUUCUAGCUGCUAAACUAAGUGCAUUAGAAGUAUUUGGGUUAUGAGAACUAAAAUCCAUUUUCAU